AUGUUAACUCAAUCUAUCUUGAGCGUUGAAUCCAGCAAAGUUUACAAACCAAAAAACAGUUAAAUUGGGUUGUUAUCAACUGCAAUUAGUAAACUUGGAGACUCUAACUAUACAACAAAAACCAGAGAGUCAACUAAUAUGUCUCCAGUCAGAAUGAGAUUAUUUAGAGACUCUUCACCAAAGUAAAGCAAAGGCUUAUAAGGAGUAGUAGUUGGGGAAUACCAGUAUUUAUUUUAAUUAGUUUAGUGCUUUAACUCCUGCUCAUAUUGUAUUUAGUAGCAUUCAUAAAAGUACGUCUCCUAUUAGAGCAAAUAGAAAUUAUAAUGAAUCUCCUUAAAGAGCUAAAGUUAGAUUGGAUAGAUUCAAAAAUUGGGACUCAAAAUUAGGACUAGAGCUCUAAAUCCAAAACACAAAAUUUACUAGACUUAAUAAUGAAUUAUCUUAUUCAAGUUAUCAAUCUCAUCAUUUAUCCACUAAAUCAUCCAUUUUCUUAGGUAAUAAUCAGAGUGGAUUGGGUUUUGGUGGAAAUUAAAGUGAUAUAAGAUUAUUGAGUGCAAAAUUAAAUGCAAUUCCACCUACUUAAAUAGGAGCAUUUAGUGUUGGGUAUAUAUUAUAAUAUAUAUUAAUAGACAUAAUCAUGAAUUAGCUGAUUUGUAGCAAUCGCUAAGUAGAAUUUUAAAAUAAAGUCGAUAGUAUUGAA